AUGGUCUCCUCCCCUCCAGCCUCCCCUGAUGGCGCACGCCAAAUGCGACAUCAGAGCAUGUACUCAGCAUCGUCACCAGAUCCUCUCCAGAAAAACAGGCCGCAGAGCACGGCUGGUCGCCCUCCCAGAAGCCAGAGCCGUAUGAGCCAGAGCAGCAAUCACAUUGGAAGUAGAGCCUCUGAUGAAGAUGUCAAAACUUCGGUCAAAGUUGUUGUCCGAGUUCGCCCUCCUCUAGGCCCUUCAGAUCCCGGGUUCGACCUCAUUCCACAAAGGUUCCAGCGGUCGAUGGUCCAAGUAAACACAAAUACCAGUCUUGCCGUUGAGUCACCCCAAGGGCGGAAGAUUUUCAUAUUCGACCGUGUCUUUGGUGAAGAUACCACUCAGAAUGCAGUGUGGGAAUACUUGCAAGACAGUGUCGAUUCGUUCCUGCAGGGCUACAACGUUUCCUUACUGGCCUACGGCCAGUCUGGUGCCGGCAAAAGUUACACCAUGGGCACAUCAGGCCCCGCAGAACAAUUCGAUAAUUCUUUGAAAGGUGUUAUUCCUCGAGCAGCGCAACACUUAUUCGAAAGUCUCAAUGGCGGACCUGCCCACAGUAGGCACAACUCCGGCCUCAAAACCCCAACCAGAUAUUCAGUCACCAGUCUAAAUCAGGUUAUGCAAACAUCCAAAUCAUUCAUUGACAGGGGAUGGGACAUGUCGGUGACCUACGUUGAGAUCUACAACGAGCAGCCGAGAGAUUUACUGCUCCCAGAAGACGCGCCUUUCACAGAGAGAGCGAAUGUUCAGAUUCGUGAAGAUCCUCGGGGCCGGAUAUUUGUGGAAGGCCUCAAUUCAGUACGCGUGUCCUCCAUCGAGGAGCUCAUGCGUGUAUUGAAUCACGGAUCUGCCAUUCGACAGACCGAUGCAACGGCCAUCAACGCCCGGUCUUCUCGUUCUCACGCCGUCUUCACAGUCAACCUGCGGCAAACCAAAGCACAAGGGUUUCCAGCUAAAGACAAGCGAGCAUCAUCAGUGCUAGCCGAUCAAAUGGCCGGAGGCGAUGCACCCAUGACGGUUGAGAGCAAGCUCCAUUUUGUCGAUUUGGCAGGUAGUGAACGAUUGAAGAACACUGGUGCUACUGGCGAUCGUGCGCGGGAGGGUAUUUCGAUCAAUGCUGGACUUGCAAGUCUAGGCAAAGUGAUUUCUCAGCUGUCAUCAAGAACACCGGGGACGUAUGUGUCGUACAGAGAUUCCAAAUUGACACGGAUGCUUCAAGACUCACUAGGUGGCAACGCAAUUACAUAUAUGAUUGCAUGCGUCACGCCGGCGGAAUUCCACCUCAGCGAGACGCUCAACACGGUGCAGUAUGCACAGCGGGCUCGAAACAUCCAAAGCAAACCCAAGAUUCAACAAGUUGAUGAUGGAGCAGACAAGCAAGCCGUGAUUGAACGAUUGCGCACUGAAAUCGCCUUUCUGAGACAGCAAAUCCGAAGCGCUGAAACGAACGACCGCCGACCUGGUAUGAUGUCUGAACGAGGAGAUCGACCCAGUGAUCGAGAAAAUGAACUACAAAAUCAGUUGUUGGAUAUCCAGGAGAGCUACAACGCACUCAGUCAGAGACAUGCCAGAUUGGUCUCCGAGCUGACCAAAAGCACUGAACCUAUUGAUCAAGUCAACAUCGUCGGAGAAAGUGCGGUGGAUCGCCUGAAACGUUCACAGGCAAAUCAAGCAAUGAUUGAACAAGUGGUCAUGGAAUACGAGAAGACAAUCCAGAGUCUCGAGGACAACCUUUCGAACACGCGCUCGUCCCUCGCCACCACCGAAAGCAAUCUCCUUGAAAAAGAGACGAAAUGCGCUUUCGUUGAAACAGUCAACCAGCAACUAAAUGCAAGAGUUCAGAAACUGAUGGAUCGAGAGUCUAAUACGGAACAAUAUCUCCAUGACCUGGAGGCAAGGCUCGAUGACCAAAGUUCUGGGGGAGAAAAGAGCGAUGCUAUCAUUACAGAUCUGCGCAAAGAGAUUUCACGGAUCAGAGAAAGUGAGACCAACGCUGAAGAUUACAUCUGUACUCUGGAAGAGCGGCUGGCGGAGGCGGAUCAAGACAUGGAGAUAAUGCAACGCGAGAUUGAUAGACUCCAGCAUCUUGUUGAGCGACAACGCAGUCUCGGCAAACUGGACAAUCUGUUGUAUGAGCUCGACCACAUCCAAGACAAAGACGGAAAAGUGAAGGCUGCAAACCCGCCUCAAACAAAUGGAGUCGCUGAGGAGCCUGAGAAGGAUGAGCAUGAGAAGGAUCUACAAACGGCUGAAGCAACCGAAUUACCGGCACAAGAAGACGGAGAACUUGAUGAGCAUGUGGAGGACCUGCCGCAAGAAACGCCCGCGGAAAGCGACCAAGCUGGUCUUGAAAAGCUCGAGACUGCCGUCGCUCAGCAGGAAGGCCUCAAGGCGGAGCAUGAUCAGGAAGCUCUUCCAAGUCCCGCACAGUCAAAGUUCAUUACCGAGAAAUUCGAAUCAGUCAGUCAAGAGUUGUUUGACCUCCGACUAGAGCACGAAUCAACAGUCAAUGAGUUGGAUCUACUUUCGGCCAAAUACCAAGAAGCACUUCGAACUCUGGCCGAGAUGCAUGAAUCAAUGGACCAGGAACGCCAAAGUACGAUGUCUCCGCAGGAAGAUGGAGCUAAUGAAAGUACUCAAGAUCAGUCUUUCUUUUUGGAGGAGGCGGAGGAGGCGCGAGAAGACGAGGAUGGUCAACAUGUGCCAUCCUCGCGAUCGCUCUCCUCGGAAUUGUCCAUGGCUGGGGAGUCAUCGACCUCAACCGACACCGACAUCACGCCGGUCUCCAAGACCGCCCAGUCCGUGGAGGUUCAAACGCAAGAGAUUGAAAGAUUGCAAACUCUUCUCGCCGAACAUGAGCGCAGCAUGAAAGACGUUACUGAACAAUAUAACCAGCUCCAGACUGAUCACAAGGAAGCUUUGGCCACCAUGGAACGCUUGAAAUCACAGAUCAAGCAGCCUAGACCUGCAUCACCUGGUACCCCAGGGAUGCUGAGACGUAUGACCUCACAGAGCGGAACCGGAGUUGAUCGAGGUCAGCGAUCUGUUACCUCUCUGCGGACCCUCCUCGUUGAAGAGUUGGAAUCGAAACCUGAUCGCAUGGAAACCGCCGAAGUACACCUCUCAGCUGCGAAUAACGAACUCCAAACCCGCUUGGAACGAAUCCAAGCUCUGGAAGCGGAGGUCAAGAAUGCAAAGAAGGAGAUGGAAGUGAAAUCAACGAUAAUUUCCGGCCUGACAAGGGAAAGGACCAGCAUCAAGGUGGGAUCUCCAGUCGACCUUAAUAUGGUCUCUCAAUUGAGAGACCAAAUCAUUCAAAAAGAGACCGAGUUGAAAUCCCUACACGAAGGCUAUGCUCGUCGUGAACAAGACCUGCAAGAGGAAAUCCAGAGAUUGCAUGAUGAAAAAGUCAGCCUGCAGGCAGCUCCGUCGACGGCCGGCAACGAGGACAAGAUCAAUGCUUUGAAUGAGCAAAUAGAGGAGUUGAAGUCGAAACUCGAAGCGGCGCAACAAGCGGUCGAGGAGUCUGAAAAGAACUACAUGCGUACGAAAUCUGAGCUGGAGGUGGCUUUGGCGAGUAUCGCAACUUUGAAGGCGCAGCAAGCAGCCGGAGAAGGGGACGAUGCAUCUGGCCGGGCUGCUGCUGCCAGCGCGAUGCAGACUGAGCGUGACAAUUAUGAAGAACUCAUCACCAACCUGAAACAGCAACUAGAGGAACAACAAAUGCUCAACGCUGACUAUUCAGCGAAGAACUCCGAACUUCGUCAACUCCAUGCAGCUCUCAGCAAGGAUUACGACGCCCAUGCAGAGACGGUGAAAUCUCAACAGCAAGAGAUCGCUGCGCUGAAGGCCGAGAUUGUGCGGCUGGAACAAGCGGUCAGACUCGCGGAAGCACAAGUUGAAAUGACGAAGCAGAAUCUGAAGAGCCUCCGCGAGGCUCAUGCCAAUGAAGUCGAGGAGAUGAAAUUGGCUCAUGCCGGUGCAUUGGCUGGAUACGAUGACCAAAUCGCUGAAAUAACGGCAAAGAACGCGAAGCUCGAGGCGACUUACAAGGCAGAUCUUGAGCAUGCCUUGUCCACUGUGCAGAAAAUUGUCUCCAACGCUCAAACAGCACUUGGCCAUCCAACCACCGCAGACAUGCUCGCGAGCCAUAUUCAGGAUCUCGUGGAGGAGAAGCGCCAUGUGGCGGAGGCCAAUAUCCGACUGACUGGUACCAAUGCAGAACUUGAGCGGCAGCUUGACGGCCGACAGAGCUUGCUUGAAUUGGAAGAAGAGCUCGCCAAAGCCAAUCUCAAGAUCAGCAAUUACCAGGACACCAUCCGAAGCCUGGCGAACGAAGUCGGCAAUCACGAAGAAACGAUCCGCGAAAAAGAAGAACUACUCAAGAAGGCAGAAGCAAAUCUCCAAGCGGUCGAAUCCGAGAAGGCAAAGAAGCUCGUGAUGAUCGAAGAACUUGAACAGCAGCUGCAGAACAGCUUUGACCAGCACCACAACCGACUCUCGGUCAUCCAGGCCCAAGGUAACCAAGCUUUGAUGGAAGCUCAGCAACGCAUUGCUAGUCUGGAGAAGGAUCUGAACCAACGGACGUCCGUCAACGAGGCAGGAUCCGACAGCGGCUCUCGCACCAACACGAUGAAGUCCCAACACCGUCCUCAAUCGCCGCCCGGUGAAGGAGUCCCACGUUCCAACUCGAUGACUUCUUCGAACCUGAGGAAAUCUGCUUCAAUUGCAUCCUUGCCUUCACCGCCGCCGGCCAUCCCUCUUCCCCCUCUGCCUGCCAUUCCAGGCGCUCUUCAAGUCACAUCGCCGACGCCGGCUAACAGCAACCCUUCGCCACCUCAAUCUCGCCAUGCGUCAAAGGAGGUUGCCCUUCCCGUCACCCCCGUGUCCGGGACUGUAGUCUCCACAACUUCCCGGGACCGACGCCAGUCUGCACUGAUUGAGGAACAAGAGAACCGGUUGAGGACUAUUGAGAAACACCUCCACGCCGAGAAACAACUCACGGCAACGCUGGAAGAAGCGCUUGUGGACCUUGAAACGCAAUCUAACAAACUAAGAGUUGAUGCGGAGUCCUGGAAGAAGAAGGCGUGGGCGAUGGAAGAGGAACUUGUCGGUCUCAAAAAGGAGAGAAGAUCCGAGAGACUAAGCGUCCAGGCAGUAGAGGAAGAAGUCAAGAAGAGGAGAGAGGCUGAGGCGGCAAGGGCACAACUCGAGGAGAGAAUGAGGCUGUUGACGGUGGGCAAAGAUGGAAAGACGAAAAAACGGAAAGGAAGUUCGUUGAACUGUUUCUAA